UGGGGACGCCGGCAGCACGGAGAGCAGUGAUGACUGGUGCAGAUGGGUGGCAUGAGCAGCCCUCCACUGCAGAUAAAUUACCCACUCCCCUGAACUGGGUACCUCGUGGAAACACAUGUAAAUCUGUAGGACCUUCCUGAAGGGGAUGGGCUCAUUCUGCUGCAGCCCGAGCAGCAGCACCAGGUAACUUCUUGUUUAGGAAAAUGGAAAAGCAAGCACUUUCCCUGCCGGAACCAUGCAGGGGGACACAGGGCUGCCAAGGCAGCAAUUGGCUCCCUCUAGCCCAACAACCUCCAUAUGCAUCUUGCUGUCCUGCAGGGAGAAGUGGUGAUGGCUCUGGAGCAAAUGCUCUUUAUCGGCCCAUUAAACCCACUGACACACAGCCAGAAGUGGCUGUGGCGAAGGUGGCACAGCUGGGGCAUCAGUCUUUGCCACACACAUGGUGCUGCAGUGGCACAGCUCCCACCUGCCCCUCUGGCAGCAUUUCCAUCACACUGCCUUAUUGACAGGCAUGGAAAGUGUCGAGUCUGUUGCCCGUACCAGGACCAGCAGUGAGAACUCACAAGCAAGGUCUCCCAGAAAAAAGAGCAAGUGGAUGGAUCCAACAUGAUCAGGCCAUGAGGAGCAAAUAAAUCCUUUCUCCAGGCUAUAAAAAGCAGCCUCAGGCUCCAGCAGGCAGCUUGCAUCACGUUUUCAGCUUGAUCCAUCCUUGGGGAAAAAACUGGGAAGAGAUGAGCAGGAAUAGGCUGGUGAGUCUCUGGCAAACCCCAGGGCAAGGGCUGGCAGUAGCGAUGGGGGUGAACAAGUAAGGAACAGGAAAGGCAAGGGCUGGUUCAUCAGGGAGGGAGAACACAUCUGAGGACCAGGGAAUGCAUGAGCUAGAGAUGGGCAGCAAGAGCUGGAGAACUCAGAGUGACUCGGUGAGUCCCAAGGGCCAGUUUAGGGAGUCUGGAGGAGCCUGGGCUUGCUGAGGAAGGGUCGGGCAAGCAGCUGAGGGCAAUCCCAGGUACUAAAGAGGGAAGGGGAGGUGUUAGCAGGGGUAAAGACUAGAGUGAGGGCAGCCGAGGGAGGUUGGUUGAGUGUUAGUAGAAAAUUGCAUGGUAGGCUAUCUGCUGCAGAGUGGGGCUGCAGCAACACAAUGGAGGCUGCUGCCUGCUUGGAGAAAGUGCUGAGGCCAAGCAGAGCAUCUCCUGAGCAGGUCUGGCAAGUGAAGGAGAGCAGUGACCUGGAUCCUGUGAAGCCCAGGGGACACCAAGGGCACUCCUCGCCUGGUGCACAGCCCACCCUCCCUGCCAAAAGAGCCAAGGAUCUGAAGACCCGCUUAGGGAUCCUGCUUCAUAAACCGGAGCUGGGACACAGGAUCAGGACCUCCAGCAAGCUGCAGCUGGGCUCCAGAUGGAGAGACUCCUCACAUGAGGUACUCGAAUGGAGGGAGUCCUUUGACCAGCUCCUGAAGAGUAAAAGUGGGGUGACGGCCUUCCACACCUUCCUGAAGACAGAGUUCAGUGAGGAGAACCUUGACUUCUGGCUGGCGUGCGAGGACUUCAAAAAGACCCGGUCAAAAACCAAGCUGGCCUCCAAGGCCAACAGGAUCUUUGAGGAGUUUGUCCAAAGUGAGGCACCCAGGGAGGUGAAUAUCGACCACGAAACCAGGGAGAUCACCCGCAAGAACCUCUCAGGUGCCACCUCCACUUGCUUCAAUGAAGCCCAGGCCAAGACCCGCACUUUGAUGGAGAAGGACUCCUACCCCCGCUUCCUGAAGUCUGCCUCCUACCAAGAUAUGACCAAACAGGCCACCAGCCGCGGCAUCAGCAAGAGGUCACAUACCUGACCCGAGCCUGAAUUCGCCGCAGGGGGACGAGCUGGGGGACCAGGCAGAGGUUGAGAGACGGUUUGCAAGGGCUGAGGUCCAUACAUUGGGGUUUUGGCUGAAGUCCUGGCAUUUUAGCAGGAUCCCCAGGACCCCAAGUGCUUCCCACUUCCCACUGAACUGCUGGGAAGAGAAGUCCUCCCUCCCUGGAGGAGCGGAGAGGGUGGGAACCCGAUGCCUCCCCUUGCAGCAGGGCUGCAGACCUGCACCACCACAGGGACAGAAAGAAAUUGGAUUUGAGUUGCAAGCCCAGGAGAAGGAGACUGGAUUCCCCUGAGCAUCUGUAACUGGAGGGCUCCCACCUGCUUUCAGGACCCUGCCCCUGACCUGCAGCAUCAGGCACUGGCUGCAGAGCCAGCACAGGAGCCUGCAGUUCCCGCUGUGUCUGGGGCAACUACCCCAGGCCUUCCCACAGGGCUUUUCCUGUGAGGGAAUGGCCAGAAUAAAAGCCCAAAGACUACGUGGCAAUUUCAGCUGGAGGGACCCUGUGCCUGCCUGCCUUCUGAUCCUGAGAUCCCUUCUGUCAUUUCCUAUGCAUGCUCUGCAGCAAAGCUUUACGCCUUCUUCCAGUACAGUCCAUCCCUAGCAGUGAUGUUUUUAUCCUUUGCUUAAGCUACACGACCUUUAGAUUGCACAUAAUCUUAGGUCACAUGCAUAACUCCUUAUUACUAUUAUUUUUAUUUAUUUUAUCAUUAAUAUUAUGAUUAUAGAUAUAUUUAUUACAAGAGCACUGCUGAACGCAUACACGUCCCUUGCUCCGAGGAGCUUGUAAAUUAAAUUAUUUCAGAUAUUGUAGCACUUAGCAUGCCUCCCAACCUUUUCUGUAUAAUAACUUGAGAGAUGACCAGACAGAUCUGUAUCAUGACCAUGGAGCAAGGUAUGAAAUAGCAGCAGGAAGAGCUGCAGUCUGGCAAGGGCUGCAAGAGGGGUCUAAGGUGGCAGGUUUCCCGUGAGCUCGGAGGACCACUGAUGGCAGUAAAAGGAUGCUUUGAAGUUUGUGGUGUUUCCUUUCUCCCCUUAAAAGAUGUGGAUGGCAACUUAGCACAUAGACUAGCAGCUUGUCCUAGACAGAGAAUAGUGAUGUAAAACAGGCACUUGAGUGAGUGAUCCUGUUGAAAACUUAUUUUUUUUUACAUAUGGGAGAAAGCUUGGGGCUUUCCCCUGGUUUAAAAUUGGGCUUGAUGUUCCCUUGGCUGGUGAAACCAGUCAGCAGCCAUAGCACUUUACCAGAAACCUGGGGAGCCGAUGAAACAGUGACGUGUGCCAUGAAUUCAGUGUCUCAGGGGAGCGACAGGACAUUUCAUCUGCUUAGACCUGUGGGGCGAGCUCUUCAGAAAGCCCCUCUGAGCAGGGAUUUCUGGGUCCCAUUUGACAGAAAUGGUGCCAGCAGCCACAUGGGUGGGUGAUGGGCAACCCAUGGGCAUCCUGUGCUGGGUCACGGGGAAGGGGAAAGUGCCACCAGCAUCGUUUCCUACUGAGACAGCCUGAGGCUGCCACAUGUGCCUCUGUUUAUCCCUAAAAAGCAAACCUUGAGGUCUUUAUCCCACUGGUACUCAUUCCUUGCCAAGAGAACUAUCUUUUGCCCUCCCAAGCAUUAGCUGAAGCACAGGAUCACUUGGGCUUUUUGUGGCUGUUUGAGCAGAGCAAGGGACCAAGCAUGAAUUUGGGGAUUUUAUUCUGAGUCCUCUUCCACCUUCCCCAUUCUGGUUCUACCUCUGAGCCUCGGUGGAUCCCAGCUGCGUUUACAGGGAGAUUUUUAUCUGCUUUCAUAUUUAUUAUUUAUUUUUACAACUGGAACCACCUUCAUUAUGUUACUGAAGUGAAUGAUGCAUAAUGUUCCGUUUUCAUUGCUAAGAUAGUAUUAUCAUUACAAAAUAAAAUGUAAAGAGGAAAAUACUGUGACUGGAUGGGUUUUUUUUUGUUGUGGGCUUUUAAUUAAUUUUUACACUCUAAUUUUGGAUGACUUGCGAAGCAUACUAAAGCAAGCUGCUUAUGUUGAAUGGCUCAAGCAGCAUUUACAGUCACUUUAAAAGUUGCAAUGUCAGGACAGAAAAGGAAGGGGAAGACUUGUGAAGAGAGAAGCUUCAUGGCAUUUAGCUUAUUGAAGAGAACUAAACAGUUCACAGCAAGAAUGAACGCAGAAGUUAA